UAAAUUAACUAAAUCAAAUCAAAAUAUAAACCCAAACAAAAUAAAAUAAAAAAUAAAAAAUAAAAUUAAAAUCGGAGAUCUAAUCGAAAAAAGAAAAAUAAAAAUGUCAGGUAGUAAUAGAAAGGGGUGGUCCGAUACGGUGCCGUUAUUGCCUCAAAAUUCUUCAAAAUCAAAAUCAAAAUCAAAAUCAAAGUCAAAGUCUCACCAUUCUCUCUCCACCGCCUCUAUCUACCUCGAGAUGGCUUCCACCACCGCCAUUGCCGACCACGACCGUAAUGUUUUUCUUGGUGUCGAUGUCGGCACUGGCAGCGCUCGCGCAGGUUUGUUUGAUGAAAAUGGGAAGCUGCUUGGUUCGUCUAGCAGUCCAAUUCAGAUAUGGAAAGAAGGUGAUUGUAUUGAGCAAUCUUCUACAGAUAUCUGGCAUGCAGUCUGUGCUGCUGUUAAAGCAGCAUGCUCUAUUGCAGAUGUUGCGGGGGAAGAAGUAAAGGGUAUUGGAUUUGCGGCUACUUGUUCCCUUGUUGCUGUGGAUUCCGAUGGCUCUCCUGUUACGGUAUCUUGGAGUGGGGACUCUAGGAGAAACAUUGUAGUUUGGAUGGAUCAUAGAGCUGUAGAACAAGCUCAGAGAAUUAACUCGCGUAAUUCACCUGUAUUGCAGUAUUGUGGCGGGGGCCUUUCCCCUGAAAUGCAGCCACCAAAGCUUCUAUGGGUGAAAGAGAAUUUGCAAGAAUCUUGGUCAAUGGUGUUCAGAUGGAUGGACUUGAGUGAUUGGUUGUCAUACAGGGCAACAGGAGAUGAUACCAGGAGUCUCUGUACCACAGUGUGCAAAUGGACAUAUCUUGGUCAUGCGCAUAUGCAAAAAAACAAUGAGAAGGACUCAAGAGAUAUGGAAGCUUGUGGAUGGGAUGAUGACUUUUGGGAAGAGAUUGGAUUAGGUGAUCUUGUAGAUGGACAUCAUGCUAAGAUUGGACGUAGUGUAGCCUUUCCUGGCCAUCCAUUGGGUUCCGGUCUUACUCCAGCUGCAGCGCAGGAACUAGGUUUAGUAGCAGGAAUACCUGUUGGGACUUCAUUGAUUGAUGCGCAUGCUGGUGGAGUAGGAGUUAUGGAAAGUGUGCCUAUGUCAGAUUCUGAAGUUAAAGGGGAUGAUGUGGAAGCUCUAUGCCGCCGUAUGGUGUUAGUAUGUGGAACCUCUACUUGCCAUAUGGCUGUGUCUCGGAGCAAGCUAUUCAUUCCAGGGGUCUGGGGACCAUUCUGGUCAGCUAUGGUACCUGAAUAUUGGCUUACAGAAGGUGGCCAAAGUGCUACUGGUGCAUUGUUGGAUCACAUAAUCGAAAACCAUGCUGCUUCUUCCCACCUUGCUAAUCGCGCUGCUUCACAAAGUAUAUCUAUCUAUGAACUUCUAAAUAAGAGAUUGGAAUCAACAAUGACUGAACUGGAGCUACCAUUUAUUGCUUCUUUGACUGAAGAUAUACACGUGCUUCCUGAUUUCCACGGAAACAGGUCUCCCAUUGCAGACCCCAAAGCAAAGGGAAUGAUCAGCGGUUUAACUCUUGACACAAGCGAGAAGAAGUUGGCUCUUAUGUACCUUGCUACUGUUCAGGGUAUUGCAUAUGGUACACGUCACAUUGUGGAGCACUGCAAUGCCCAUGGUCACAAGAUUGACACAAUACUUGCUUGUGGUGGUCUUGCCAAGAACUCAUUAUUCAUUCAAGAAAAUGCAGAUAUAAUUGGCUGCCCAAUUGUUUUGCCACGAGAAAGCGAGUCUGUGCUUUUGGGUGCUGCCAUUCUCGGUUCUGUUGCUGCAAAAAAAUAUUCCAGCGUGCAUGAUGCUAUGAAGGCUCUAAAUGCAGCUGGUCAAGUAAUUCAUCCAUCUAAAGAUCCUAAGGUGAAGAAGUACCACGAAGCGAAAUACCGCAUCUUCCGUGAGCUGUACGAGCAACAACUAUCUCAUCGUUCUCUAAUGGCUCAAGCAUUGGCAUAGAUGAAAAAAAGGUGACUAAUGGCCCUUUUAUACUGUAUAUGAAUUAUUGCUUUCUCAUCAAGUAAGCUGCCUUUUUUUUCUUCUCUGGAUUUAAAAAGACAAUUGUCUUUUCUGAAACUUGUUUAUUUCCAUGAAAAAAAUACUAUUCAUUAAAAGGGAUCUAAAUAAAUUGUUUAAAUCUUCAGAACAAA